ACAUUGUCCAGAAAAUACAUAUAGAUUGCUUUUCCUACAUGAGGGUAGGGUAAAAUUAAGAAGUAAUGUAUCUCUAACAGUGAUUUUAUCGCUCAAUAAAAUCACUUUUUGGAGUUCAGAUGCUAGAAAUUAUAUCACGAGGGUGUAGGCUGAGUGAUAUAAUGAUGAUCAUCCGAACGACAAACAAUGAUUCAAUAAAGCGAUAAAAAUCACCUUUAUGGAUAUAAUAUUUCGAUUCUAUCACGACAUCAACAAAUAAAUGCUGCUGAUAUUAAGCUAAAUUGCUCCUUAUUUGUUUCCGUAUUCAUUUUCAGCGCGUCACAUUUUAGUGGUUACGUCAUGUGUAUAAUUAUUACGUGACAUGUCUGAAUAUAGAACGUCAAACUGUGAUUUUAUUGCAUAAUGGGGGGAAAAUGCGGGUCGUGUUAGAAUUGUGAAUAAUUGAUGCAAUGCUUGAAAUAUUAAUAGAUAUUGUGAUUUUGUUUUCACAUGACAGUAUGUUAAUUCUCUCAAAUUUUAUAAUAUCUGAUUAUAAAUUACAAAUGCAGUAGUUUACAAUGAUACCAUUAUGGCUUAAAAGUUGCGUUUUGGGCCACAUCGAUGAAGGUUUCCGUCUUCUGCAGUUCCUCCAUCGCGCCGUGUAGUUUCGUUUGUAUCCCGUUUGUAUGCACGUUUUGGAACGAUUGUACAUUGUUAUCAGUGUAAUGUUGUUUGAUAGCCAUAUCUUAUCUAACCAUAAUUGCGACACCUUUUCUUACUUUUCAGUUGCCUAUGAAGAGAUGUCUCAAUACAUUGAGAAUAUCCGAAGAAAUCGGCUCAUGGAGAAACUCAAGCUAUUCUUAAUUCUGUUAGCUUUCCUCCUUCAUUCCGGCAACGAUGACUACAAACAUCUUGCAAGACCAGAAAGAGGGCAGAUCAAUUGCAUUACUGUAUAUCUGCUUGGAAAUGAUGGGGCUCAUUCUUACAAUGGAAAUGGAAUACUGUUAACAACAACAAGAAGAUAUACUCGAUUAACUAACGAGGAACUUCUUGACGAGAUUCGACCUGCAAACCUUCCGCUUGAUGUCCUUCAGCGACAACCAACAGACAGAGAGAUAGGAAGAAUGUCGGGGAGAAUAGGACAAGAGUAUCGUCUACUCGCCUAUGAGUUGGGACUAACACGUGUACAGUUGGAUCACUUGACAUUAGACUGUCCAACUACUUUACUACGAAUAGAGAGAAUGUUUUUUAUAUGGAGGGAUGAAAUGGAAGGCAAUGCAACCUUUGAAAUACUUGUAAAUGCGAUGGGUAUGCAUGGUAUCAAUACAGACAUCGUUAACCAAAGUUUGGAGAGGGCCUGAUUUCAGUUUCAUUCCCAACACUUCCUGAUCAAGCUUGGUCAGCUUAUAUUGUGUAACUUUACGCUCUCAUUUUUACUUCUUAUAAAAUAUCGCAUAUCAAUACAUUUCUUUGACAUAAUGUCCCUUAUUUUGAAAAGGUAUUUAAAUAGAUUUGUUUAUGCAAAUGUUAAGCUUGCGAGUUAUUGAUCAAAAUCAAGUGAUCAAGGUGACUAAAAUUGUUAUAAUACGCUGUACGCAGUUGAAACUGAAUAUGUGAAAAGAUAUUAGACACUGUUACCAGUCUAAACAAUGCUGUCUUUAAAUUUUUACAGAUGUGAUUUAGCGAAAAAAAAGUGCAUUGCCCCUAUAUUUAAAGGGCAUUGUACUAUUUAAUGUAUUAAUUAUCUUAAAAUGUCGUUUAUAUUAUAGCUUUUGGAAAAAAUGUAGACUUUAUAAAUAAAGCUGUGAUUAUAACAAAAACUUAAUUCCAAAAAGUAACUUCUUAUCGACAUAUAAAGCAGCCAAGGAUUGUCAGAUUGACGCCAGUCAAUUUAAAAAUAAAAAUGAUAGAAUCCUACUUUCACCUUUUAAUUUGAAUAACAAUAGAUUAAACCACAAACAUUUUGUUAUAACAGGGAUUUUGUGGUGAAAUUCUUAUUGUAUCCACUAAUCUGAUUAGUAGAAGUAGACAGGUCAGGGAUCUAUGCAUAUUCUUUGGAUCAUAUCUUAAAAAUGCUAAAAACAUACUCCUACUUAUAAAUUUAAAAAAGAUAUAAGAAUAAAGAAAAAAAAUACAAUAAAAAAAAUCCUUAACAGUUGUAUGCAUUUUUUCUAACAGGUGUGUUUUACAUUAACUUUAAUUUGACUUUAUCUCAAAAUAUGAAAAGGUCUUCUUUCUAUUAACAUGAUAAGUUUAUUACAGUCUUGAAAAUUGUUUAAAAAACUACAUUUUAUUUUAUUUAGUCUUUUUUGUUUUAUACAUUGUUUAGAAGAUUGUAUUUUCUUAUUCACAAGUAUAGAUGUCUACAUCAUAACGUUAUAUAUAUAUAUUGUUGAUGAGAGAGAAGAAAAAGCAUUAUCAUUUGAUCUUUAUACAUGUAUUUCAUUGUGUUACUUUGAUAUUGCUUAUUGGCACAUUAUGCACCAGAAAAUCUUUUUUUAAUUUAUACUUCUCAGAAGCUUUGCAUGGUUCAUGUGUAUUAUUAUAGUUUCCACAAAUAACUCAUAGGUCAAUUACCUGGACCACUUUUUUUCUGUUGCUUUUUGGCAGUAAGUAGAUUCAGAGAAAAUAAGUAAUCUGUAAGGAAGUCAAAAUGGUACUUUGGUUACAUUUUAUGACAAUUAUUUAACAUUAAAAAAAUCAUGUUUGACCUUUCUAUAGAAGUAAAAACAUAUUCGUUUCUGAUGCGUAAUGUAUUUUUAAAACAUGUACUAUCAUUUAUAUAUAUAUAUACGGAUUGGUUAAUAAAACAUUCUUUUUUAUAUGCCUCAUUUCUUAAUAAAUUUAGUCACAUUUGAAACAUUCAUAGUUUUCCCAACAUAUUUUUUGAACUUUUCAUAAGAAUUUUAUAUUAUUAUACUGAAAUGUUUAUCUCAUCGAAACGAUGUCAAGUAUCGGUAUUUCAGGUAUCACUAAGUAUAGGUUAGUGUUUAAUAAUACAUAUAAACAAAAAUAAUUGGUCAAGCCUGCCACAGGCAGGCGACCAAUUAUUUUUGUUAAUGCGUAUUAUUAAACAUUAACCUAUUUAAUGAUCAACAUUCUUUUUUUUUUUCAACCAAAAACAAGGCAUUUCUCUAAAUCACCGAUAGCUCCGCCCUUUCGCUCUACAAGAUGUCUACACCUUGUCAAGUUUCUAAUAUGUCACAAUUAUGGCCCUUUCAACAUAUAAUAAGGCACAUAAUUUACUGAAAUGUCACAGAAUUUAUACCUUUAUCUACAGUACCUCUAUCAUGUUUCUAUAAAAUAUCUGGGGAAAAAAAUCUGAGAAAAAUACAUUAGAGAUUAUUAAUUGAUACAAAUUCGUAUUAGCUUCAAGUUAUUCACUAACGUUUAAAAUCCCUAUUGAUUUGCUCAUUUGAAAAACAGUUGACUUGUUAUUUUUCUGUGUGUCAAUUUAGGUUUACAGUUGGAAGGGGUCCAUUUACAAUGUGUUUUCCAGCCAAAAAUGUAAACAUUGUAUUCUAAUAUCCAAGAUUGUUAAUGCAGUUCAUUCCUAUCAAGUGAAAGAAAAUAAUGUUUUGGUUACUUUUUCUAGAAAAUAUAAAGUUUUAAACAGUCAGAAAUUUAUAACAGACAUUUUUUCUUAGAGUUAAAAGGAUAUAAAACGUUACUAUGUAAUCAUUUAUCUUUGCGUGUCCCACAUGUAUUAUCUAUGUAAUAAAUUAAUUGAUUGAUUGUAUCCUCACAUUUAGAAACACCUGACCUCGUUUAAUUUUUUUACGUUGGCAUUGUAUUGCUUACCUAGAUAUUUUACAAUUCAGAGUGCAAACCACACAUCUAACUCCCCCCUAAUAUAAUGCAUUAUUGAAAUUUGUUAGACUGGUUAGACGACAGACUAAGUAAAUUUUAUUUAGUUUGUACAUAUUAACCAAAUUUAGCCUUAGCAGAAAUUUGGAAAAUACUUCAAUGUGAUUGGACAAAAAAUUAUGUUGAUCAUUAAUCUGAUAUUUAGAAGUAGACAGGUCAGGGGUCUAUGCAUAGUUUUGUUUUCCCUCCCGAUACCGAAGCAUAAAAAUCACCGUCAUCAAUUGUUGUCAAAUAUUUUCUACUAAACAUUAAAGCAGAAGAAAACUGUCAAUAAAAAGCUCAUUUGUUAUCUGCUUUACCUUUUUGUAUUAUAAACAUGCAUUUUUUUUGAUCUUAGCUUCUGAUAAUGCUAAAAACAUAUUCCUACUUGUAAUUCCUUUUUUUUAAAGAAUUAGAUAUACAUGUAGAGUUCGCUUUACUAUAAUAAAAUAAAAUUAAAAUAAUAUUAAACAAUAUUAUAUACAUAUCUUCAUCCGUCUUAUGCCUUUUGUCUUACAGGUGUUUAUUUAGUCUUUUUGUUUUGUUUUUUAUACAUUGUUUAGAAGAGCUUUAAUACACCUUGUAUUUUCUUAUACACAAGAAUAGAUUUCUACAUCAUAACGUUUUAUAUAUGUUUUGUUGGUAAGAGAGAAGAAAAAGCAUUAUCAUUUGUUCUUUAUACAUUUAUUUCAUUGUGUUAUUUUGAUAUUGCUUAUUUGCACAUUAUGCACCAGAAAAUCUUUUUUAAUUUAUACUUCUCAGAAGCUUUGCAUGUUUCAUGUGUAUUAUUAUAGUUUCCUAAAAAAAAUCAUAGGUCAAUUACCUGGACCAUUUUUUUUCUGUUGCCUUUUGGCAGUAAGUACAUUCAGAGAGAUUAAGUAACUGUUUGGAAGUCAAAAUGGUACUUUGGUUACAAUUAUUUAACAUUAAGCACUACGUUCUUCACGUAACAAGCAUUUUACGUUCUCGAAAAUAAUUAUUUUUUAAAUGUUAAAAAAAUUAAUGUAGAAGUAAAAACAUAUUCGUUUCUGAUGCGUAAUGUGCCUUAAAAGACAUGUACUAUCAUACGGAUUGGUUAAUAAAACAUUCUUUUUUUAAA